ACGUUCUCUGAAGAAAAAGACAAGAAAAGAAACAGAAGAAUUAUAAACCCCAAGAAAGACUGAUGUACGAAUAAAACGGGGAAUAUAUUGUUAAGUUCGUUGUUUUAUAUUGGUAUAUUCAAAAGUUUCAAGAAUAGAUGAACAAAAGGCAAAAGAGAUUAAUUACAUCGGUGGUCGGACAUUAACAAAGGUGUAGUUACCAGUCGUGUUAUUAUUGCAGCUAUUGAACACAGAAAGUGAAAACUGAUUACAAGGGCAUUAAAUACAUAACGUAAGAUAAGCAGAGGAAUACAUAAAGGAAACAAAUCAGCUGUAAAGGUGCAAAUUUAUUGUAUUUUUAUUUGUUGUUACUAGAUGUGAUAAAUUACUAAACACUGGAGAUUCAACCAUAUAUUCCUGAUAUUCAUUUAAAAAUAAUUUAACACUUGUAUAUUACGGAAUUUCAAGCCAUUGCUCAUAUCGGAGUGUGAAGGUGGUAUUAACUACUUUGGACUAUUUCAUAAUUUAUUCAUUGUGCAUCAACUAUCUAAUCAAAUCGGAGAUAUCUAUUUACUGCUGCAACACAAGUUCAGUAAUUUCUAAAGCUAAUUAUAUUCAAAAUGCAAUGGAUAACUCAUUUAGAUGGUGGGCCACGUCGAGUGAAUCAUGCAGGUGCUGGUGUUGGUGAUAGAAUAUACACCUUUGGUGGUUACUGCACUGGUGAUGAUUAUCGUUUAAACGAAUGCAUAGAUGUGCAUGUGCUGAAUACCAAUACAUUGCGUUGGUCACUCGUGCCGCAAAUGCGUGACGAAAAUGGUUUGCCCUUAAAGUAUCCUGAAGUGCCCUUUCAACGUUAUGGACACACAGCUGUUUCAUAUGGGGAUAAAAUUUAUAUGUGGGGCGGACGUAACGAUGAUCAAUUAUGCAGUAUUGUAUAUUGUUUUGAUCCGAAAAGCUUAAGCUGGUCACGCCCUGAGGUGACAGGUGCUGUACCUGGCGCACGUGAUGGUCAUUCAGCAUGUGUAAUCGGCGAUUGUAUGUAUAUUUUUGGUGGGUUUGUCGAAGAAAUAAAUGAAUUUUCAUGCGAUGUACACUGCCUUGAUUUUCGGACAAUGGAAUGGCGAUAUAUACAAACAUUCGGUGCACCACCAUCAUUUCGAGAUUUUCACUCUGCAGCCUCCAUAUAUGAUAGGAUGUAUAUUUUUGGUGGUCGUGGCGAUAAGCACAGUCCAUAUCAUAGUAAAGAGGAAAUGUACUGCCCAGAUAUCGUGUUUUUAGAUAUGAAAACCAAAAUGUGGCAUAGACCAUCCACCACUGGUAAAGUGCCGGUGGGUAGGCGAAGUCAUUCAAUGUUUAUAUACAAUGGCUUAAUCCAUAUAUUUGGUGGCUAUAACGGUAUUUUGGAGCAACAUUUUAAUGAUUUUUACACAUUUGAUCCGAAAUCCAAUUGUUGGAAUCUUAUAAAACCUUUUGGACAACCACCAACUGUACGACGACGACAAGUUUGUAUAGUGAAAGAUAAACGAAUGUUUCUCUUUGGUGGCAGCAGUCCACAUCCUCAUGACAGCCAAUUAAUCGACAAUAACGACACACAUCUAUUGGACUUUGAGCCUACACUACGUACAUUGGCAAUUUUGGCUGUAAUAAAUCAUCGUUUGGAUACGACGUGUCUGCCAAAGAAGCUCAAAGAGGAAAUACGCUUAAUGACACAGCCGAACUCGUUAACACGGCCACUUAACCAUGCUGGUUAACUGCAAACGCAAUAAGUAAUAGUCCUGAAAUUAAAUUGAAUACUGUCCUAGAAAACGAACGUGCAAAUUCUCAUUUACAUACCUAUACAGCACCAAGAAUUAAUAGGAAGCCAAAUAAUGGAGAGAGAAAAAAGCACCAUUUUAUAAAGCAAAGAACAUAAAAAUUUACCUAAGCUAUAUACAUUAUUCGCACCUUUUCACAUUUAUUUUUCUUUUGCACAAUUAUUAUUUUUUCGUUACAUUAUUCUUUUUCGCACAAUGUUCAUCCAAAAUUUAACAAUGCAUAUAAUGAAAUAUUUAGAUUCGUAGUAUUUUCCCUUUUUUUCGUCAUUAAGUGUAAUCUUUAUGUUUAUCCUUUCGCUUCACGAGUUUUAAAUGUUACAAGGCUUUUUUAAUUGCCCAGUGUUAGUAUGAGUCACAGGUUUGAGAACUGGGCUGGUUUAAUAUUGUAUGUACAUAUUACCCUCAUAAAAAGUAACAGAAAAAGAUAAAGGAAAUCAAAACACUUUACAACGACAAACAGAAUACGUAAAAAUACCUACAAAUAACAGUAACCUAAUUAAAAUGUUUAUAAAGCAGUAAUAUGUAUCUUAUACAAUUGAAAAAUAAAUAUGCUAUAAAUAAUGGAAA